AUGGCUCACACUUACAACAUGGACGCCCAAGUCGGAGAGUCUUCGGCAUGUGCGACGGCGUUACUCUGCGGAGUUAAAGCCAAUUACGAGACCGUUGGCCUGGACUCCUCUGCACGCUUUGAGAACUGUUAUUCCAGUUUUGGGGCCCAUGUACCGUCCCUUAUCAAUUGGGCGCAGGAGCAGGGUAAAUCAACAGGACUAGUGACCACUACAAGGGUGACACACGCGACACCAGCCGCCCUUUACGCUCACACAGUCAGCCGUUACUGGGAAGACGACGGGAAGGUACCACUUGCUGCACGAACUUCCUGCAAGGACAUCGCGCGUCAGCUGCUCGAGGAUGAACCUGGUCGUAAUAUCGACGUGAUCCUCGGCGGGGGAAGGCGUCAUUUCGUGCCGAAAGUGAUCCAAGAUCCGGAGGAACCGGAUAAGGAGGGCAGACGAUUGGACGGAAGAAAUCUGAUCGAGGAAUGGUCGAGGAACCAUCGACUGCGGAACGUGCCCGCGAAAUACGUCGCUAACAAGGAGCAGUUUGAGAACGUCGAUCCACGGAAAGUGAACCAUCUGCUGGGGCUGUUUUCCUAUUCCCACAUGGACUUCGACGUGGACCGAAACACGAACGGAAGCGGCGACCCCUCGUUGGCCGAAAUGACGAUAAAAGCGCUCCGCAUACUGGCGAAAAAUCCCGAAGGAUAUUUCCUCUUCGUCGAAGGUGGUAGAAUUGACCACGCGCAUCACUAUAACAAUGCCUAUCGAGCGUUAGACGAAACAUUGACGCUGGAGGAAGCUGUGAGAGCGGUGAUGAAGGAAGUUGACUUGUCAGAGACGCUUCUCGUAGUGACGGCGGAUCACUCGCACGUACUCACACUUGGUGGUUUAGCAACGCACCGUGGGAAUCCUAUAUUUGCAAGGUGUCGGAUGUUGAUGGAAAACCGUAUACAACGUUAUUGUACAGCAACGGGCCCGGUUACACGCAACCGAGGAAUAUUUUACGAGAGGCUGGCAAGGAUUCCAUUCAGGGACGAAUGCAAGAACGCCAUUUACGAGAGGACUCAAUGGUCUGUGAUGAGCAGAUUGACGAAGGGUAUCGGGAGAGACGUCGAAACGGCGCUGAGAAUGGUGGAGGAGAGCAAUUCGAAGGCAGAAACCGCGAAACGGGAUCGCGAUCGGGAGACUCGAGAGCUGCAGGCCAAUUUGACAACGCAAGAAAAACGGGCGGAUGCUUUGGCGGUUGAAAACCUCGAGCUGAAGGAGCUACUAGAAAAUGCUCGCGAGGAUGUCGAGGGGGUGAAACGAGGUAACGCCGCGGUGAGAGAAGAAAACGAGACGUUGAGAGAAACCCUGGAGGAUACGCGUAGACAGAUGUCGAUGCUGGCCGGUGAAAAUAACAUUUUGCAAAGUCAGGCGGUUACGCUGGCCGAGAGCAAAUUGGAGCUGGAGGAGACCGUGAUCAGACUUCGAAAGGAAAUCGUCGACACCCGUGAUGCGUAUCUCGAGACAGAACGGUGUACCCGGACACUUCUCGAUGAAUCGAGGAAGGAGAACGAUUCGGUGAGUUCAGCUGAAAUACAGCAAAAGCUGGAAGUUCAAGAAGAUUCUAUUGCAUUUACACUAGACAAUGGCCUGAACAACGGAGCAAUAAUGCACAUGAGCAAUGACAAAUAA